AUUCGCUCUUAUUCAACUGGAAAUCCGCUUGAUGCCUGUAAUCGCGAGCAGGAAUGUUUCUCACAUUCUUAUUGGUUUCAAGAGUCUUACUUGAGUUUGUCAGUGGUGUGGAGUUUGUGUUCCCAUGUGGUCAACCAAAAGUAUAUGUUGGUUACUUGUGGUUGAACUCCACAGUCGUUCAUGUUAUUCCACGAAUUCAAGCGACAUCAGAUAAGCCAAAUGACAAAUUCGGCAAAGCUUGUCGCUUCAAAGUUUAUAGCCCUGAAAAUCUUCCAUUUUAUGUGGAGUUGUUAGAUCAGAAAUAUGGGUUUGCGGAGCUACGUGUCGACCCAAAGACACUCCCUAGUAUCACAAAGACGUCAUCACUUAUUUUGGAGAUAGAAGCGAUGGACUGUGAUGAACAACCCCACACGUCUUCACGAGUUCCAAUUCGAAUUCAGGUUAUAGAUCGACAUGGACCUGUUUUUGAUAAACUGCAUUAUAAUUUUAAAAUUGGUCAAAAAAGUCCAAUUGGUAGUAUUGUUGGCCAGAUUCAAGCUAUUGAAGAAGUGAGCCAAACUAAUGAUUACGCGAAUACAGCCAUCUGUGAUUAUCGUCUUCAACCGGUUGACAGUCCAUUCUCUAUCAAUAACUAUGGAGUUAUACGUGUACGUGAAACACUUUCAUCUCUUGCACAAAGACCUUAUUCACUUCAAGUUAUUGCUGAAGACUGUACACGUCCAGUACCUCAUAGAGCUUCAGUUGGUAUAACAAUUGAUCAGAUACUUGUUGAUUGUAGACCAGGAUGGAAAAAUUUACCAACUGAUAUUGAAUUUCUGGGUUCCGAAGAAAAACCUGAACGUCUUUUUUCUCAUUCAAGCUUACACUUAGAAACAUGUACUGGUCCAUGCGCUGAUUCAUUUAUAGAAGCUCGAUUAGAGCUAAGAUCAGCUGUAAUUGGUCAUAAUUUAAUAACAGCUAAUCCACAAUCCUGUCGACAUGAUCCUGCUAGUAUUAAAAGACAACAAAAAUUCUGUGGUUUAAAUCCCACCACUGUUACCAACCUGCUUCCUGAUCCAGAAUAUGAUAUAGUGACGCAAUUAGUUGGACCAGCACUGGGUAAUCCACCACGUUUAACUCCCUCAGUACUUGCAUGGAAAUUUGAUUCAGCUUCAUCAACUCUAUGGGAAGUGGAUACAAGCCGAUUAUUCAAUUAUACAAAGCUACCAGUCAAUUGGGAUUCUGAUUUCACUAUAUCUUUCUGGCUUAGACGACAUAAGGGUGAAAACUAUUUAAAAAGAUCAGUUACUGAUGAACACGAAGAAUCGAUACUCUGUAGUCAUGAUGGUAUAGAACCUGAAUGGAGAUACCUGUCUAUAAAUCUACGUGAAUGUCGAUUCAUAGUAAGAAUUAUGUCAUCUGCCUCUACAAAUAAUGUGGAUGACCCAAAAAAAUCCACCAUAUGGGUAUUUGAUCCAUUACCAGGAGAGAUUUGUUCUCAAGCUACUGGUCAUGAUGAUGGAAUCUGGCAUCAUUAUUCAAUCACAUUUAGUUCGUCACCAUUAGCAGUUACAAAUGAUCCAAUUAGUAUUUUGGUCGAUGGCCAGGAUCUAGAUAUUAAAGCCAUGCCUACCGUAUAUGAAUCUAUCCAAUCAGCUUCGAAUCCUUUAAAGUAUCAAGGAAAACCAAGACUAACAAUUGGAGCAUGUUACGAUCCUCAGACACAUCUCACUCGACAACACUUAAACGCUGAUUUGACUGGUUUAACAAUUCUGUAUGGAAAGACUGAAUCACCUAAUACAUUGAGAUGUAUUAGCCAGUGUGGUGAGGCUCUACUAAUCCCAAAUGUACUAGAGGUAUUAUGUCCAGAUAUUGAUAUACAUUUAGAAAAUGAUGUGAUCACUGUGAGUGGACAAAAUGUGAAUCAUGUAGUCGAUGUAUUGACUGCAAUUUCAUACGCUAGACCUCAACCAGGAAUUAGUGUAAAUUAUGUGCCAAAUAUCGCUCAAGCUCGUUUAUUACGACUAUUAACAGCUUAUAGGUGUACCGGAGACCAGUCAUUCACUAUACCGACUGCGGAUAUUAGGUUAAAUGUUCUACCUAUGACGGUAACAGAUCUGCUGAAGGCAUCACAUCAUGAAAUUUCUGAUCAGAUCUCUCAUUCGUCUAAGGAUGCUUCUUUAUGGAUCCCUGCAAAUAUGCAUGUUCUUGAUCGCCCAGCCAUUUCACAGGCUACAAUUGAGAACAGAGCCAAUUCUGGGAGUGAUUCCAAGCAGCUUCAACCUCCAUCUUUAAUUAUUCUUGGAUCAGAUAUUGUGACUACUGAACCACCGAUAAACCCACCUGGUAUCCCUUUGUUCUCAGACUUACGUUUUGGUCUUCCAACAGAACAAGUUACAGACUUAUCGGUUCCAUCACAAAUUGCUGCAGUUGUCCCACUGGAUGAUUGUUUUGUAUGGCUUAUAUCAACUGGUAGUCCAAUUAGUUUAAAUAUACAACCAAAGUUAUACGAAGAAUUUGGAGCACGUAUUGAUUGGCCUGUCGAUGAAAUUCAAUCCAAUCAACUAAUUGGUAUGGCUGAUCGUAGUGGAAUACAAUUAAGAGGACGUAAACCUGCUUUAGUUUAUGCUAGUCUUCUACAGAAAUUUCGAUUUUGGCCACCUAAAAACGUUCGUUCAAUAAAAGUAGUUGAUGAAAGCACAGAUAUAAUUUAUAUGGCUAAUAUUGGUUUAGUAUGCAGUUUGGAUAGUGGAAAACAGACAACACCUGAAUUUAUUGUCAAGAUUGUUAUUCAAAGCAAAGAAGCAAAAACGGAAUCACUUGUUAAUCAAAUGGGAGCUUUCAUUUCAAAUCAAACUUCAUCAUCUCAUCCAAAUGUGGAUGCAGUUCACUAUGUUCUAUCUGAUCAAGAACGUAGAGACUCGGGGGAUAGAUCGUUGAAUAAGCUACACCUUGUUAAUCCAACUGAAUAUCAACAGCCCGAGACUACAGAUAAAAAGUUCGAGUAUAAUUAUACAGCUUUGAUUGUCGGUUUGUCUAUUUCUGCACUGAUACUAUGGUUAAUAGUUGGUAUAGCUGUCUGGUAUAUACGUAAAAAUCAACCACGACAUACUAUAAAGUCAACACGUCGUAGAAGAUUUGCAUCACAACCAGCUGAUUUUGGUGGUUCUAAUUUGAAAACAGAUCCAACACUUAGACUUACUGCUAAUCCUGUAAAUGAUCUACAGGUUAGUUUAUUUAAUCACUACAGUAUACAUACACUAUAACUUACAUUUUUACCUAAUAAAGACCUUCUUUUACAAACAAUAUUCAUUAGCCUUUUCUAUCUAAAGAGAUUGGCGUUGUAUUUAUACUACUGGUAAACAAUUUGAGUAGUCAAAAAGCAGUCUGACUGAUCUGUAGAUUUUAGCUGCCAGCCAGUUUCUAACUACUCGAGUUGUUCAGUAGUAGUAUAUUUCGUUAGUUUAUGACUCUCUGGUGCCAGGGCUUUCAACUUUGCAAAUCAUUUGCAAAUUGAUCAUCCUGUUGUCAUCCACGGUUGUAAGAUGUAUUCUUUAAUAUGAAUUUGUAAUAUUUUCGGUCACUGACUAAUAUUCUACAGAGCUGAAAUAAAUACUAGAAGAUAAUUAAUGUCUAGUAUUGAGUUAACAAAAAUUUUUAUUUACUUAACUCUAGUCCACUUGGUUCCUAGUUCUUAUCGAUCCGAAAUAAUACAGUUUAAGCGACCAGGUAGGAUUAUCCCUUUCACGUUAGGUGUGAUUCAGUCUCAACUUGAUGAAUUGCUUACAUUAUUAAUGCUACCAAUGAAUAAGUUGUAAAGUAGCUUGCCAAUUCAUUUUCAUACAAGCGAAAUGUAUAAAUGAGAGAAAAUUAUUUGAAUAAAUUUAUCAAAUUUGUACUGGGUGGUGAUUAAAGGUGAAAUUAAACAUUUGAACCGCCGCCGAAUUUGAACCAGUGACCACUGAGUUUCUGGCCCGAUCCUGACGUCCGACUGCUAACCAGAUUUUUAUUUUACUUCAAUCGCCAAGGAUUUUUCCCAACUACUGUGUGAAUUAGUGAUGCCUUACUACCUCUUGGUCGUACCUACACUGGGUGCCUAGUCAGGACUUCUCAGUCCAAUCCAAAAAUAACUGAAUUAGAUAGAGAAAGCAUCAUAUUGAUUAUCAUUUUGACUACCAUCUGAGGUAGCCGUAGUUUGGCAGACUAGUGUUUAUAGUGGAUAAUGAUUGAAGAUGAAAUGAAAAUUUGGACCGCGGCCAGAUUCCAGUACAUGACCGGUUGUCAGCGAAUUAAAUGAAGAAUAUACUUGACACAUGCAGUUAGUGUUCUUGUCAUGCUGCUGUAUAAAUAUUAUUCACGAUAGUCCCUUUCUAAAUGUUUUCUCUUACUGGUCUAGUUAAUUGACUUUCGACCAGUGGGUCCUUAGUUCGAACCCCUCUGCGCUUAUCGACGUCACCAGCUUGUGACUGGAUUUCACUUAUUUCUAGGAGCAUUAUCACCUAGUGAAUAUGUGAUUUUUGAACUAGAAAGGAAGUGUCAACUUAGAAGCUAACACUUUCUUACUACAGUGGGUCGAAGAAAAAGAGGUAUGGUAUUACCAGAUUCAUUUUUUUAGAAGGCUUAAGUUGAACUAAUUUUUUGGUGACGGCGACUCAUGUUCAAGCAUGCACUGACCAAUCAGAACCAAGAAUAUGAAGAAUACAGUAGUUAUUUUAAGAAGUGGUAAUUUUACUAAUCUCUUUUACCUAAGAAAUAAAUAGGUUUAUCAUUUUGAAGACUGUACCGUUAUAUGCAUUGCUGCUAAUCCAUAUUAGACAAUAUCAUUUAAACGAUAUUACGGAAAUUUCCCAUCAUGUUCUAGUUAUCUUCAAAGUUGUUUGUGUACACUUCAGCUGUUUGGUCAACGAAGUGCAUUUUGUAAGCAAUAGCUGAAUGACGGUAACCUAUUUCAGAUAAAGGCGUAUAUAACUUCCUAAUGUCGGUGUAUACUAUGAUAUCUAGUACCAGGUAUUUCUCCAAAACUGUUAGAAUAGAUUUUUUGGAUCUAUCUUAUAUCCGCUGAAAAUGUACUUUCUUCGUAUUUCGAUUGUGUAUACCAAGAAUCUGUUGUUUACUAAGUCAAAUGUAUGUAAAUAUGCAUUGGGUAAGUUAUAACUUCAUCAUCAAGACCAUCAUAGGAUCAUGCAUUACUGCGUAACAGUCCAAGUUACGACACCUCAUCUCAUAUCAGUACAUCAACUAACAAGGC